UUGGGAUCGCAGUGUACAAGCAGCACUCAGCUGAUGGGAGGAGUGCUGCUUGCAGACAGGAGACAGGAUCCAUGGCAACAAUCAUGGCAGAGGCAGAGACUCGUCAGAGGCUGCUGCGCACCGUCAAGAAGGAGGUGAAGCAGAUUAUGGAGGAAGCCGUCACCAGGAAAUUUGUUCACGAAGACAGCAGCCAUAUUGUGUCCUUUUGUGCUGCAGUGGAGGCAUGUGUUCUGCAUGGGCUGAAGCGGCGAGCAGCAGGUUUUCUGCGCAGCAACAAGAUAGCAGCACUCUUCAUGAAGGUGGGGAAGAUCUUCGGCCCAGCUGAGGAGCUGUGUAGGAAGGCACAGGAGCUCGAGCAGAUCAUCGAGACAAAACGAAGUCAAAGCUUGCAAAGUCAAGACAGCCUUCGCAAGAUGCCCCGACUGCCCAGCCUCAACCCACAGGGUGUCAAGAACCUGUGGAUCCGGACGGCUUUAUUUGAGAAGGUGCUGGACAAGAUUGUCCUUUACUUGGUGGAGAACAGCAGUAAAUACUAUGAGAAAGAGGCUGUUCUUAUGGACCCUGUGGACGGACCUAUCCUUGCCUCUUUGUUAGUUGGACCCUGCGCAUUGGAGUACACAAAGAUGAAGACAGCCGACCACUUCUGGACAGACCCGUCUGCUGACGAGUUGGUGCAAAGACAUCGUAUCCAUGGUGGCCACUGCAGACAGGAUUCUCCCACUAAGAGGCCUGCACUGUGUAUCCAGAAGCGGCACUCCAGCAGCAGCAUGGAUGAACGCCCUUCCCCCUCGCCAUCGGCUCGUGAAUAUGUGGAGUCGCUGCAUCAAAACAGCAGGGUGACCCUACUGUUUGGCAAAAACAAUGUGCUCGUACAACCGAGGGACGACAUGGAGGCAAUCCCAGGUUACCUCUCUCUGCACCAGAAUGCUGACCUCAUGACACUGAAGUGGACGCCCAAUCAGCUCAUGAAUGGCUCUGUUGGAGACUUAGACUACGAACGCAGUGUAUACUGGGACUAUGCCAUGACAAUCCCUCUAGGGGAGAUUGUUUACUUGCACUGUCAUCAACAAGUUGACAGUGGGGGCACGGUGGUGCUGGUCAGUCAGGAUGGGAUUCAGAGACCUCCAUUUCGCUUCCCAAAAGGAGGCCACUUGCUCCAGUUCCUCUCCUGCCUGGAGAAUGGCCUGCUGCCACAUGGCCAGCUGGACCCUCCGCUCUGGUCCCAGAGGGGAAAGGGGAAGGUGUUUCCCAAGCUGCGGAAGAGGGUUCCUCAGGGAUCUGGAUCCACAGACUCUGUCUCAGAUAAGGAGGAGGACGAGGCCACGGACUAUGUCUUCCGCAUCCUCUUUCCAAACAGCCAGUCAGAGUUUGUGACUGUAACCCAUCCACCCCGUCUGACUUCCUCCCUCUCCCUUCAACUGAGUGGACAGUCCUCUUCCAAAACAGGGACCCUGGUUGUACCCAAGAGGUCCUGCAGCUGUCCUGAAGAAUCUCCCUCAUUCACAGGAAGCAGCUUGACUCCUCCAGACUUGAUGGAUCAGGGAGCUACAAUGUGGCAUCCCACUCUCAGGAAGUCUUCGUGUUCCUCUUGUUCUCAGGGGAGCUUCUCUGAUGGGGCGACGCCCAAAGGGUGCAACCACGAGAGGGCUCCUCUAAAGAUGCUGUGCGACAACAUGAAGAAUCAGAUCAUCUCUCGUGCAUUUUAUGGCUGGUUGGCAUACUGCCGUCACCUGUCCACUGUGCGUACACACCUCUCUGCUCUCGUCAAUCACACCAUUGUGGCGCCCGACGUGCCGUGCGAUGCCUACAAAGGGCUCACCACAGAUGUGUGGCAGACGUUCCUCCAGGACUGCACAGCAUACGAGGAGAAGGAGCUGCUUCGUCUGGUCUACUUCGGUGGUGUAGAUGCCUCGCUGCGUAAAGAGGUGUGGCCAUUCCUGCUGGGUCAUUACCAGUUUGGAAUGUCAGAGGCUGAGAGGAAAGAGGUGGAUGAUCAGGUCAGAGUGUGCUACCAACAGACCAUGCACGAGUGGCUCGGCUGUGAGGAGAUUGUUCGUCAGCGGGAGAAGGAGCAGCAUGCUGUGGCAUUAGCGAAGUGCUCCUCCGGGGCGAGCAUAGACAGUCAGAAGAUGAUCCACCACAGCUCCACUGUAAGCAAUGAGUCCUCCCAGAGCUCAGACAGACAGAGUCUGGCUCGCCUGCAGAGUGACUCAAGCAGCAGCACACAGUUCUUCACAUCCUCCCAUCCCUUCCCCUGGAGUAGCCUGCUUCCCUUUGGCUUGUUCUUUCAGGUGUUUGAAUCGGUAGAGGAGGUUGACCAGAUCGAGACGGAGCCCAAGAGCGAGGAGGCCAAACAGGUGCCAAAGAUACCCAAUGGUGCUCUGCAGAACGGGACAAGCUCUCCUGACUCCGGACAUCCCUCCUCACGCAACUUCUCAGUCACCUCCGGCCUGUCGGACGGCUCGCUCAGCACGGAGGACAGCGCUGCACCAGAUACAAUCCCAAAAGUUGCAGCAGUCAAACCAACAGGGGUAGAGAGUGGAGGUCUGACAGAGGAGAUGGACAGCCAGGUGAAAGGACAAGUGAAGAAUAAAGAGGAGGAGGAAGCACCUGAUGUGACCAAAACGACAGAAACUACUGAAGAGCUGAUGAAGGCCGAGGAAGAGACAAGUCUGCCGCCAAAAACACAAGAAACUGUUCAAGAGUCUGGAGCAAUUAAAACAGAGUGGCCCAAGUGUGAAGAUGAAGACGCACAGGCAGACAUUAAAGGAAUUAAAUCUUUAGAGGAAACAGAAAAAGAAGUGCUUGAUGAGGAUACUGUGACAGUAUCAGCAGCUGCAACUGAAUCAAAAGAAGAACUUGUUCAGCAAAGUCUUAAAAAAGAAGUAGAAGUUAGUAUUGAUGAAAUGUCAAAGCUUAAGAACACUGCAGAAACAAAUGUGGAAAAGACGACGCAAAUGGACGAAUCAAAGACACGUAAACCACAAGAGGUUUUAUUGGCAGAAAAGAGAGAAAAUAUAUCCAUUGAUCCCGUGGCUUCCGUUGAAAAGAACCUGGUUCUCUCAGCAGACAUCGGGGGAGCGAGAGCACGAGAGCCCUUCUUUAUCUCUCAGACAGAUGAGGCUCAGGUCAUGACUGAAUCUGACGAGUCUCCUUCAGCCAUAGAGAUGGAGGAGAUCCCCAAAGCCAAAGUUUCCAUGGUGCCUUGGAACAGGAAGGGACGUUGUGAUACAUCAUCUUUCUCGGAGGACUCGGUGCCCCACGUGGAGCUCAGGCAGGAGGAGGAGCGGGGGAAGCCCAGUCCAGAGAGCACAAAGUCCAUCCUGUGUGAGGAGCCAGAGAUGGAGAGCCUUUACCCUAACUUUGACUCUCUGGCUGGGUCUGAAGACACUAAGACUGAAGCCACUUCUCAAGAAUCUGCUGGGAGUACCUUCUCUCAAGAGCUUUUGGACUUGUACACAUUAAAUCUGCACCGCAUUGAAAAGGAUGUCCAGCGCUGUGACCGAAACUAUUGGUACUUCACUCCUGCCAACCUGGAGAAACUGCGCAACAUCAUGUGCAGCUAUAUCUGGAGGCACCUUGACAUCGGUUACGUGCAGGGCAUGUGUGAUCUGCUGGCUCCACUCCUAGUCAUUCUGGAUGAUGAGGCCAUGGCCUUCAGCUGUUUCACUGAGCUCAUGAAGAGAAUGAAUCAAAACUUUCCACACGGAGGAGCUAUGGAUACUCACUUUGCCAACAUGCGCUCUCUAAUCCAGAUCCUGGAUUCUGAGCUGUUUGAGCUAAUGCACCAGAACGGAGACUACACCCACUUCUACUUCUGCUACCGCUGGUUUCUCUUAGACUUCAAGCGAGAGCUGGUGUACGAUGACGUGUUUGCUGUGUGGGAAACCAUCUGGGCAGCCAAGUAUGUCUCUUCUAGUCACUUUGUCCUCUUCAUCGCCCUGGCGUUGGUGGAGAUCUACAGGGACAUCAUCCUGGAGAACAACAUGGACUUCACUGACAUUAUUAAAUUCUUUAAUGAAAUGGCUGAGCACCACAAGAUAACGCAGAUUUUGACCCUGGCCAGAGAUCUGGUGUGCAAGGUGCAGAUGCUGAUAGAGAACAAGUGAUGGUGCUGUUUGUCUUCUUUUUCCUUCCAAGUAAAGUGUGACCGGCUGUAGCAGCGCAAGACUAAAAUACAUCUGAGCAAACCCACACACACACACAUAUACACACACAUAACACAAAGCCUUUACAAUCACAGUUUGCUGCUAUGAGCCUUACUGACCAUAUCCACAGUGUCGUUUGUGUUGUCAACAGGUGUAUGAGAAUAAUAUGCUUCGUAUUUGUCAGUAUGUUCAAGUGAAAACAAAUAUGUAUCUGAAAAAGCAUUUCUCUAAUUUCUAAAUAUUUUGUCAGAAAUCCCUCAAGUGUCGAUCUUAACCCGAGUGCACUUAAUAUUUUGAGACAAGGAUGGUCUUAGUUGCACACUUCAAACCAAAAGGCAGAGCUGAAAUCCACCAGAGACUAUAUUUAUGAGAAAAAUACAUUGUGAUAAUAGUUUAUAAUAAUUAUUUUAAUAGUCAGAGUGUACAAGAUUAACCUUAAAUAUAUAUAAGUUAUCCCCCUGGUCCUACCCCUUAAUGACGGAAAGAACAUCAGCAGACUUUGAAUUUUCUUUAAAUACAACAACUUAAAAUUAAGCUACUUUUCACUGAUGACUGAUCCAGAACACUGACUUAUAGUCUAAAAUGUAACUUAACCUCCACUUCUGUUUAACACACAUUAAGAAUAAUUUAGCUUUUAGCACCAUGUCAGUGAUUUAGCAUCCAACAGUGUUUUUAAUGUUUUGAUUGAGCUGCCUCGUCUGCCAAAUAUCGUCUUUAUUUGUUAUGUGUGAAUCGUACUGUACUGAGAGAAACGUGUGUUUAUUAAAGGAUUAUAUUAUGUAAUUCAUAACCGAAUAUUUAAGUGACUUACGGAUGUCUGGGCGCAGAUUUAUAUAAAGCAACAAGCCUGAUUUGAUAGUCUCCAGUUAUUUUUCAUUAUCCAGUGAACCACUGUAUAUUUUGUAAAUUGUGCAGUUUACUCACCUUGACUUUUGUCGCGUAUCGUCCAACGCCUGUUUGUUGAAUUAAAAGUUAAUUUCAGCUUGAAUAUGAUUAUGAAUCAGGAAGAUGAGACGAGACAGUGAAAAUAUUUUAGUCACAGUGACCAAUUGAAAAGUUUUGUGGUGCCACAUUAUAAAGAUUCUUUAUUGUGAGAGUGACUCAGACAGAGACAUGGAAAUGAAAGGUACAGAUGAUGUUAUGAGAGAAACAGUUUGAUGUUUUGGCAGAUUUGGGGCUUGUGAGGACAUACAUGAUACAGUAUAUGAUUUAAACACAUAAAUUAUUACUAAUUUACCAACAUCCAUGCGUGUCAUUCAUCGCCUAAAUCGUCACUCAGUUGGUCAAGUGUUGUUCCAUGAAUGUGGUAGGAUGAUUUGCUUUUAAUAUUGGUGUUUCUUUGUGAAUGCUAACUGUCUGAAAACCUAAUUUUUAAUUUAUUGUAACAUUUAUUUGGUAUUUAUUUAUUUAUUCAUUCAUUUUCUCGUUCAGAUGCUGCUUCAUUUGUAAAGCUGAUAUUUUUAUUUUGUGGCCAGUUCUAAAUGUUUAUUGUAAAACAAUCAAAUUCUAUACUAAGAGUUCAUAUAUA